AUGAGUUCAGAAGACAAUCCGCUGGGAGAACUUGAGUCUCAGUCUGGAGGCUCCUCAUAUGACCAAAAUCCUGACAGUCCAAAACAAACAAAGGUAGGUGUUCAAACUGCAUGUCAUCCUUUUGUAUUUACUUAAGUUCGAUCCUCCAAAUUUAAAGCAGUCCCCUCUAGUCCCGAGGUUAAUCCCACUUCACAGACAUCAGUCUUUUCAGAGGUUUAUCCCUCCAUGUUUUAAAGGUUUAUUCCGUGGGAAUGUGCUGUAACAUCCUGUUGUCCUAAGCCAUGAUAAACAUGAUCACCAUCAUGAUCUCACUUUUUUCAUUUGAAAUCCAUGCCAGCAUUGUUACCAAGCUAGAAUAGCUGCUUACUGAGGCUUAAGAGAGCUUCAGUGACUGCAGGAAACAGAGACGAGUGUUUCAUUGUUAUGUUGACUCAUACUAACCUCAUGCCUCUGUAGACAUUUGGCUUUAAAAUAGCUUCAAACUAUUUACUCUGCUCUCAAAAUGACUGAGGUGUUAAAGGCAUGAAAAUGACCUUUUUUUUUCUUUUGCAAACACAUCUCUUAAAACUCUAAUGCAAUUCUCAUCUAAGUUUUUUUUUUUUUUAAUGAUCUGCAGCCUUUUUUUUUUUGUUGUUAAUCAAAGUUUAAGCAGCUCUGCACAUGCAGAAAGCUUUAGUCUGAGACAAUGAGAUAAAGGUAUAAGGCAUAAAUAAUUUACGAGAUAACUCACUCAGAAGUUCACGUUUCCAGUGAGGUGACAAACAAACUCAACUCAGUUUCACUAAAGGAAAACAUUUCUUAAUGUGUUAAACUGAGGUGUGUUACAGUCUCAUUAUCAUUCAGGGAGAUCCUGUGAUACAGCCAUUGAGAUGGCUUAUCACCAAGAGCAACAGUCCCCAGAAAUGGAACUACAGGUUUCACAGACCAGGUCUGAUCCAGUUGGUAGCUUCACAUCAUAACUAUCUAAACCGAGCUCUGAAUGUAAUACAAGUUUUAUAGCUACCUACUUGAAUCUCACAAGAACUAAUGCUUAAAUGAUGCAACCAUAAUGUCAGUAAAGGUGACUCAUUCAAUUUGGAUUUAUCUAAUAUCCACCAGGUGUUUACCUCUGUUUUGAGGUAACAGAGCAAAGAACAACAGCCACCAGCUGAAGAAAUACAGAUCAACUCACCACUAAAAAUGCUCUCAUCAGCUUGGCAGUUGACCAAAAACAUGAUUCAUCAUUUUCUUUUUUCUUUUUUUCCUCUCGUUUAAGACAACUUGAAGUACCAAGACCCAACCUUAAGGUAGACCAGCCCUUAAUGUGACAUAUUUAUCUCCUUUUCUAUCCAGCCCAAAUCAGGUCCCGCGUUCCUGGGCCUGACUCGCUGUGCUGCCUGCUACAACCACAAGAAAAGAUGCAGGCGAGAAUCAGAUGGUGAAUCCAGCUCAUCGGCUGAAGACUCUGGACCAGAGGUGGGCUGGGAAUCAGAUGCAGAGUCUAGCUCCAGCAGCAGCAGCAGCAGCAGCAGCAGCUCCUCCGGUAAAGCUCCAUCUGAAAUACCCAGGCCUCCAGAGCCGGUGGAAACUGCUGAACCUGCAUCAGGAGGAAAAGAUAGUGAAGGACAAGAGCAGGCAGGAGAGACAUUGGAGGGCCAGGAAGACAAAAGCAUAAAAAAGCGCUUCCUUCGAAGAGCUCCACUUGUCAAAUCCCACUCCCUUCCCUCCUCCUUUCCUCAUCUUGUCCCCUUUUCUCUCCUGCCCCGCCCUCCCACAGUCAUCUCAACCCUCCACCUGCAGGUGUUAACCAAGAACCACAAAGAUGAACCUUUCUCUAUCGUGGAACAACAACUGUUUGAUCAAGUGAAAACAGAGAAAGAUUACGGAGAAGAGCGAGGAAACAGCAACCCACCGUAUCCACAGCUUUCUCUGAUACACCAGAACAGGUUACGGUGGCAACAGAGGUCACUUCCAUCAUUACAGCAACCCCAGCUGCCACACCCGCACCAACAACCAACGCUUGAGUUCUCAUAUCAACAACAGCAACAACAACAACAACAACAACAACAACAACAACAACAACAACAACAACAACAACAACAACAACAACAACAACAACAACAACAACAACAACAACCUCAACACAUUGAUCUUCCUCUCUCAGCUCAAGGUCAAAUGCUACCACCAACUCCACACACUCUUCCUGUGUUACACCCCCAACCACUCUACUUAGCCCCACAAAUCCCAAAUGUACCACUCAUGCAUGUACAGGCUCCCCCUCCACAGCCGUGCUGGCCCUGUUACAGCAUGCAACCCCCAUACUCACACCAGACUCAAUACAGAUAUUAG